ACAUUUGGGAGUGGAAAAUGAGGGGUCAUGAAGAUUGGUGGGUGGGGAUAACCCUUUUAGAAGAAAAAAAAAAAAAAAAAAACCUAAAGUGAAUCACGUGUUCCCAGAUCAAAGGAGAUCCGCUUUGUGAAGCUGGAAAGAGGAAAAAAGCAAUCGAGAGAGAGGGAGGGAGAAAGAAAGAAAGAAAGCGAGCGAAAAGGAGGGGGAGCGAGUGAGCAGCGCUGCUUGAGCGCCGACUGACAAGAUUGCUGUUGCAAUGGAGAACUAAUGAAGUCCAGCGCGUGAGCGAGCCCACCUCAACUUUCUCCUUUGGGAUUUUACUGUACUUCCACGCUCUGUGUUCCCCCAGAGAAAGACAAGAAACCCUCCUGGACAGUAUGCCCCGAUCGGCGCCGAUCCUGCCGGCGAGAUGAUGGUGUCUGCGGCGCGGAGGCGAGGGGCGCAGUCGCUGUUGGCGCUGCUGCUACUGGCGGCCGCCGCCGCGGCUCUAGCUAAGGAUACCGCCUUCGUGGAAGUGGUCCUGUUCGAGUCCAGCCCCAGCGGGGAUUACACUACGUACACCACCGGGCUGCAGGGGCGCUUCUCCCGAGCAGGGGCCACCAUCAGCGCAGAAGGAGAGAUUGUGCAGAUGCACCCUUUGGGACUCUGUAACAGCAAUGAUGAAGAGGACCUUUAUGAGUAUGGCUGGGUGGGAGUUGUCAAAUUGGAGCAGCCUGAGCUAGACCCAAGUUGUCUAACUGUUCUGGGAAAGGCUAAACGGGCAGUUCAGAGAGGAGCCACAGCAGUCAUCUUUGAUGUCUCUGAGAACCCGGAUGCUAUAGACCAGCUGAACCAGGGAUCCGAAGACCCACUCAAGAGGCCAGUAGUCUAUGUAAAGGGGGCAGAUGCCGUUAAGCUGAUGAAUAUCGUCAACAAGCAAAAGGUAGCCCGAGCUAGGAUUCAGCACCGGCCUCCACGGCAACCCACAGAGUAUUUUGACAUGGGGAUUUUCCUGGCAUUUUUUGUGGUGGUGUCCCUGGUGUGCCUUGUACUUCUCAUCAAGAUAAAACUGAAGCAGCGGAGGAGCCAGAGUUCCUUGAACAGAAUGGCAGUCCAGGCUCUUGAGAAGAUGGAAACAAGAAAGUUUAAAUCCAAGAAUAAAGGCUACAGAGAGGGUGGUCCUGCACCUUCGGAUACCCUGAGCAGCAGCUCAACGUCUGACUGUGCUAUCUGCCUGGAGAAGUACAUUGAUGGGGAGGAACUCCGUGUGAUCCCGUGUGCUCAUCGCUUCCAUAAGAAAUGCGUGGAUCCAUGGUUGCUGCAGCAUCACACGUGUCCACACUGCAGACACAAUAUCAUUGAGCAAAAGAAAGGGACCACUGGGCCCAUCUGCAUGGAGACAGGUAAUGCUUCUCUUGGCCGACAGCAGCGCGUUGUGCUUCCUGUUCAUUACCCAGGACGUGUGCACCGAGCCAGCCAGAUGACUGCCUACCCAACCCGUACAAGCAUGGAUCCUCAUGGCAAUCCCAUUACAGUUCUGACUGUGGACCAGCAUGGAGAUCGGAAUCUCUACCCACCUCAAUCUGCUGCCUUUGUUAGGAGUUACCCCCCCAUCCACCUAGACCACUCUUUGAAUCCUCACCACUGUGGCCUGGAGCACAGGGCUGCUUAUGCCUUGCCACCUAACUUCAGACGGCCCAAGAUUAAUGGACGCAACUUUUCCAGGGCGGCAUGCUUCUCCCAAUACGAGACAAUGUACCAGCAUUAUUUCUUCCAAGGCUUGAGCUACCCGCAGCCAGAGGGCCAGGCCAACAUUGGACCUCACAAAGGUCAAGCUCGAGCUUUUCAGCAAGGCCUCCUCUUCCCAACAGUGGUGCACAUGGCACCUACUGCUUCCUCUCGCCAUGGGGAGAGUGGAAGUUCUUCCAGCUUCAGCUGCUACCAUGGCCACCGGUCAGUUUGUAGUGGCUACCUGGCAGACUGUCCUGGCAGUGACAGCAGCAGCAGUAGUUCUGGUCAGUGCCACUGUUCCUCCAGUGACUCUAUGUUGGACUGCACAGAGGUGAGCAAUCAAGGAGUAUAUGGGAGUUGUUCCACUUUCCGUAGCUCUCUGAGCAGUGACUAUGACCCUUACAUCUACCGGAGCCGGAGCCCUUGCCGGGGGGCAACACUGGAGCCUGGAACUAGCUGUCCACCUGUAUCCCAGGAUGACUCUGCUGCAGCACCCAGUCAUGAGUGCCACCGGCCCCCACCCAGGGCCUCUGUCUUCUCAGGGGACCAGCUGUCUAGCUGUAGCCUGGAACCCAACUACAGCAGUCAUUCUUCAUUAGAACCCAGGGAAACUAGUACCACUACCUCAGACGGAGCCCUGGAAGGGGCUACACCAGACCUUGCAAGCUGGGAGAAGGGGGCAGAGGUGAGUGAGCAGGGAGCAGCCUGUAGCUGCUGCUUUGAAAUCCCUCCCACUGCUGCCUUGGAUGGCCGAGGAGCUGAGGUGGGCGGCACUCUGCUAGUGGGAGCUGCCCACUGUGGUCGGGGCCUGGAGCCAAGGACCUCUUUAGGCACUGGCCCUCAGUACUUGUACAGUGUUAACAUGGACCACUUGUGCCGGACAGAGCCAGGGAAUUCUGAAGGUCUGCCCUGCUGCUUCUAUGAGGAGAGAAAUGUCCCACGAAGCAGUGGGAAUUUUUACUCGGAGGACUACGCCGUCAGUGUGCAGUACAUGCAGACGGACACAGACGUGCCUGCUCUGCAGGACCAGAGAAUCCCCAUCAUCCCGGAAGACUUAGACUGUGAGCCAGGAGCACCGGCAGUUGGAAGCUUGCUUUCGGCACAAGAUGGGCAUAGUGAACUUUUUGUCCCAGCUGGGCCAUUCCGGGGCCGCCUGCAUCCCCUUCAAGAAGGAGCUAGGGCCUUGUUUCAUGGAAAUGGCCCCUGUUUUCAUGAAGCGAUGGGAAACGGCAACAAGGCAGGGUCAGCAGGACCACCUCACUUGGCGGACAAAGACUGCACAGCUGACCAGAGCCUCUGACUUUUAUUUUAUUUUUUAUUUUUUUCUUCUUCUCAAGUUCGGCCAUACGGGAAGCAGCUUUGUUUUUUUUUUCCACUUUUUUGUUUUUCUUAUGUUUAAAACAUUUUUUAGCUUUGAAAAACACCCAGAAGUGGUAAUAUGGAGAAAACCCAGCACACCUCUUUCCUGCACACUUUUUUUUUUGGUUUCUGUUAUUUAUUUGUUUUUUGUUUUUCUUUUUCUUUUUAUUAUUAUUGUUUUUUUAUGAAAUCCAAGUUGUGCAGGUGCCAUCAGCUCAGUCUUUUUUUUUUUUUCUUCUUUUCCUUCCCCUCAAGCACUCAGGGCCACCGUUGCCUUAGUCAUCACCAGCUGGUGAUGGAAGUCAAACCAUUUGUAAAGCGAACUGACAGUAUGAGCAUGGAACAUGGUACACAUUGGUGGGGAUUGGGGGAGUUACAGUAGGCCUCAAUUUGUUUGUUCUGCAGACUUACUACUGUUUCUGUGAAAUAUGAUCUUUCUGCAAAGUGACAACCAGAAUAAUUAAAAGAAAAAAAAAAUUAUUUAUGCAAGGUUAGAAUGGAGUGCUGCGGCGUCACAGUGUGGGGUACUUGAGGCACUAAGUCAUUUGUAUUGUGUGGAGCACUUAAAACAGACAGAAAUGAGGACUGUAUGCAAACGAGUAAGAGUCUAAACAAGGUGUAAAAUUUAGAAUUUUCUCCGUCAUUACCAUUUGAAAAUGUUUUUAAAAAGCUAGAAAAUCAAUCUGUGUAUAUUUCUGUAUAUGUAUAGCAGCACAUUUCAUUUAUGGAAAUAUGUUCUCUGAAUAUUUAUUUACUAAUAUAUUUAUCUUUAAGCCAUGUCUUAUGAUGAGUGUAUGGAUUCGAUGGAUUUUUUUUUUUGAGAAUCACUAACAUGAGACUUUGUAAAUACAUGAUAAUUGCACACAAAGAUUAAAUAUUCUCUGACCAAAAACUGAAUUUUAAAUUUUAGUACUAUACAGUUUUGUAACAAAGUGUACAAAGGUCUGUAAAAAAUACAAUUUUAUUCAAGUAAAA